CUGACUGAGUCAGAGGGUUCAGCUCAGCUCAGCUCAGCUCCGGCUCCAAAUCGCAACUGACACUGACCGUGGAACUUUCCAUCGUCGCCAAGAAUCUUAUACCGAAUCAAAUCCAUCUCACAUUUUUUCCGGCGAGAGAGAGAGAGACGAUGGACAACUCAGCUCCAGACUCUUUACCUAGAUCGGAAACUGCCGUCACCUACGACUCUCCGUACCCCCUCUACGCGAUGUCCUUCUCCUCCUCCACCCACCGAAUCGCCGUCGGGAGCUUCCUCGAGGACUACAACAACCGCAUCGACAUCCUCUCCUUCGACUCCGACUCCAUGUCCCUCAAGCCCCUCCCAUCCCUCUCCUUCGAGCACCCUUACCCUCCCACCAAGCUCAUGUUCAGCCCCCCCUCCCUCCGCCGCAGCGGCGGGGGCGACCUCCUCGCCUCCUCCGGCGACUUCCUCCGCCUCUGGGAGGUCAACGAAGACUCCUCCUCCGCGGAGCCAGUAUCGGUCCUCAACAACAGCAAGACGAGCGAGUUCUGCGCGCCGCUGACCUCCUUCGACUGGAACGACGUGGAGCCGAAGCGGUUAGGCACGUGCAGCAUCGACACCACGUGCACGAUCUGGGACGUGGAGAGGUCCGUGGUGGAGACGCAGCUCAUCGCGCACGACAAGGAGGUCCACGACAUCGCGUGGGGGGAGGCUAGGGUUUUCGCGUCGGUCUCCGCCGACGGAUCGGUGAGGAUCUUCGAUCUGCGCGACAAGGAGCACUCCACCAUCAUCUACGAGAGCCCCCAGCCCGAUACGCCGCUCCUGAGGCUCGCGUGGAACAAGCAGGACUUGAGGUGUAUGGCGACGAUUCUGAUGGAUUCGAAUAAGGUUGUGAUUCUCGACAUUCGAUCGCCGACGAUGCCUGUCGCGGAGCUUGAAAGGCACCAGGGGAGUGUGAACGCGAUUGCGUGGGCGCCGCAGAGCUGUAAGCAUAUCUGCUCGGGUGGGGAUGACGCGCAGGCUCUUAUCUGGGAGUUGCCGACGAUGGCUGGACCGAAUGGGAUUGAUCCGUUAUCGGUUUACUCGGCCGGUUCGGAGAUUAACCAGUUGCAGUGGUCGGCUUCUCUGCCUGAUUGGAUUGGCAUUGCGUUUGCUAACAAAAUGCAGCUCCUUAGAGUUUGAGUUGGUGUCAGAUGCAGAUGGGGAAGUGAUCAAAAUGGGAGAUAGCAUAAUAGACCCGUGUAACCAGUGCGUAAGCUUAGUGGGAUUUGGUGCAACCACAUUCUGGUUUCUUUGAUUCGCUAUGCGUCUCUGCAUCUAUGUGAUUGUAACUAAGACUUUAUUCGUUUGGUGUACCAAAUGCUCUACUAUUUUAUUAUCUCUGUUUGUGUAUAAACCAAACCAGGAUAAUAAUGUUAUUGCGGUGGUUUCUGGUGUUUGGAUUUGUAGUUGGAGUAAAAUGGCAUCUACUU